UCAGUCCGUCACGUGAUCGCCCGGAGUCAAUUGCAGACUGCAGACGCAUCCCCAACAUACUAUUUAACGGUGCACAGGAUAUCUGUGUCUUUUAGCACUGAAAACAUCAGUAUAUCGGUUCAUAGAGGGAAAAGUUAAUUAGCACCAGAAACAUCAACAGUAUCCAGCCUUUCUCAAAAUUGAGAAAUGACAGAUCGAGCAAACAACUUCCCCCCUCUGCCGAAGUUUCUUCGCAUAAAGCCAUGUUUUUACCAGAAUGUGGACGAGGAGAUUCCGCAACCCCACUGCCAGCUUGUGCGUCGUGUUUACAAUCUUUGGAUCUUAUACUCCAUCACACUUUGUGUUAAUGUGGUGGCCUGCAUAGCCUGGUGGGCCGGAGGGGGUGGAGCGAUCAACUUUGGGUUUUCUAUCCUCUGGCUGUUGGUUUUCAGCCCAUGUAGCUAUACCUGCUGGUUCAGGCCGCUCUAUAAAGCAUUCAGGGCUGAUAGUUCCUUCAACUUCAUGACCUUCUUCUUCAUUUUCUUCCUGCAAUGUGUUCUCGCUUUCAUCCAGAGUCUUGGAAUAUCAGGUUGGGGUGCAUGUGGUUGGAUUGCCACAGUGACGUUUUUCAGCACGAAUGUAACCUCGGCUAUAUUCAUGCUCAUCUGUACUCUGCUCUUUACCGUAGAUACGGUUCUCAUGGGACUUGUUCUCAUCAAGGUCCAUCGACUAUAUCGUGGUGGAGGAGGCAGUUUACAGCGGGCGCAGGAAGAGUGGAGCACGGGUGUGUGGAAGAACGCCCCUGUGAGAGAAGCCGGAUUCAACGCCAUCUCUGAAACAGGCCCCAGCCUGCCCCAGUAUCCAGCCGCUGUGCCCAACUAUCCAGAGAGUGGACCCUGGUGAUACCUUUUCUGAACUACAGAUGGAGCAACAGCACCACUGUUUGUCUUAACGUCAAAGGGGCAGUUUGCAGAGGGACAGUACCUAAUAUUUUUGUGCAGUAAGAAAAGUCUUCAGACAGAUCACAUGGCUGUGGACUCGUGAAUGGUUAUUUUGCUUUUGUCCUAUUUUUUUUUAAUAUAGCAAAAAGAUUGAAUGUUAAUCACUCCUUAAAAAGAAUGUGUAUAACAUUCUGAGUAGAUCUCCUGUGAACACUGAUUUAAAUAGCAGUGAAUGACGAUCGAAAAUGUGUCAAAACCCUGUUCUGGGUGCAAAUUCUGACGGAAACACUAACCAGAAGGUUAAAUGAACAAUCAAAAUAGGCAAACUGCUCCUUUAAAGACAUCUCAACACAUACUAUCCUCACACUGACAGCCAAAUGGCAGAACAUUAGUUCAAAAAUAAAAAAAGACACUGUUAUAUACUAUUAAAUCGAUGAAUUCAUCAGAUGCCUUCAGUUCAUCUUAGCCUUGAUUUUUCUUGUAAUUCCAUCGACUUGGAUUUGUGUUAAAACAAAUGGAUGGAAAUGCAUAUAUAUAUAUAUAUAUAUAUAUAUAUGACACACAAUUGCUUGACUAUGUUAGAGAAAGUGUUUUUUGAGAGGGGAAAAGUAUGUCUGAGUGUUCUUUUCUAAAUCAUGGCAGCUUUUCUAUUUACCUAAAAAAAAAAAUCUAUCUUGCAUCUCUUCCACAUCGGCGCUUUUGCAGUUAAUUUUUAUUUUAUUUUUACUUCGGAUAAUUAUUCACUUACACUUUUAAGAUUCACAACCAUCAUGAAUGUCUUAAAUGUGUUAAAUGUCUUUGUAAAUGGUAUGGUUUGCAUAUGACACGCCCCUUUUAUACACCGCAGCAAAGCGUUUCAGAUUUUUUUAAAAUGCUAUGCCUGGGAAUGUUUCCUUGCAAACACAUCUUGUGCCUGUCUUUCCGUUUAAAGCUUUUCACGUCUUUGAAAUGAAGACAGCCUUAAUUCUUCAUGCAUAUUAAGCAUGUGUGAACCAAUAGCUUUCGAGUUUCCCUCAAGUGCUACAAUUUAUUGGUGGAUGUGGCUAUAUCCUGUGCUAUUUUUAAUACUGGCGUAUAAAUAUGUAUUGCGCAUUUAUUCCUGGUUUCAUCUCGAGUUUACAGUUGUGGUUGGCUGGAGGCUAAAAUACUCAUUUUUAAUAUUAGACUUGAUCUUUGGUCCUUUUUGCUCAAUAUCUCCCUCCACAGAGCUACAGGAGGAUGAUUUUGCAGCGUUUCAUGACUGUCUUUGUGUAGCCAAUGUAUUGAACAAUCCUGCAUAUGACAUGUGACUGGAAUGGCUUUCCAGCUUCAGUUCAAUAAAACAUUACUUUUCA